UUAAGUCUCGUCGCAGUUUAACCGCCAGAGAGCACCUCUUCAAACGCGAGGAAAAGGGGUUUUUACAAACCCCUUGUACGUCACGUGCUCAAAUACCAACAGUAGUACUAGCAUCUGGUCCCACCACUGUGGUUUAUCUUAGCUCUUGAUCGCUAUGAGGUUUUUUACAUGGUUUCCGCCGUUAUUGUUUCCAGUAACAUUGGCAUUGAAAAUAAUCGAUGUACUCGUUCCAAGAUAUGCAGACUUACGACAGUCAGUAAAGCUUGAGUGCAGUUUUGACGUAGGCCAUGAUAAAUUGUAUUCCGUGAAAUGGUACAAGGAUGAUCAUGAGUUCUACAGGUUCGUCCCAGAAGACCAACCAGCAGUUCAAGUGUUUCAUCUACCGGGCAUUAUACUGGACUUAUCUCAUUGUAACAUGAGAAAAAUUUCUCUAAGUAAUCUCACGUUGGAAACUAGUGGUAUGUACCGAUGUGAAGUCUCAACAGAGGGUCCGAAAUUUGAAAUGGUUUUUAAAUCUGCGAACAUGAAUGUAUUAGCAUAUCCGGAAGGGAACCCAUUGAUUGAAGGUGUAAUGAAUCGGUACGCAGUUGGCGAUUUCGUGUCGGGAAACUGCACUUCCGCCAAGUCCUAUCCACAGCCAUCUAUGACAUGGUAUGUCAACGGUGUUCAGGCGAACGAUAAUCAAGUGGAAAACUAUCCCGUAUUGGUCAACCCUGAAGGUCCACUGUACUCAAAAGCAGUCGGCAUCCGAUUUAAGAUAGAAAAAAAUCAUUUCCAAGGACCCCAUGCAGAGCUCGAUUUAACCUGUGAAGCUAGUCUAGUCCAAGGUCAACUCAAGUGGCGAAAAAUGAUUGUUAUCCAGCCACUCACACAAUCGUAUACAGAAAAUAUGUUCCUGGAAAAUUACAGAAACAACACAAGUGCAAAAAAACCUGGAAUACAGCUCUCAACUUUGGUGGCUAUAUUUAUUGUAUCAUUCAUACUCAUAGUUGUACUCGAAACGUGACAGCAAAACCAUUUUUUGUAAAUAUAAAAAUAUGUAAAUCAAAUUUAUUUCACUCUUCCUCGAAAUGUAUGUACUAUCUACUUUCUAUUUUAACAUGU